AUGUCAAGUGAGUCAGAGGUCAUAGUGGAGUACAAUCCGGCAGAUGUGGAUCGGUUCAUUGAAAUUGCUGACGCAAUUGAAGAGAGGUAUCCGAGCCUCAUGGUGGAUGGCCAGGAAAUUGAGGGGGACACAGCAGACGGGGACCUGACAUUCGAGGUCAAGGCGCAAGAUGGGCAUUCCCUCUUUUCUGCCAGGCAGACAAAGAGGUUCCCAGACAGCGCAGAGAUCCUAGAUGCCAUUGCGGCCGCUGGGGUGUCAGAGUCAUAG